AUGUCGCAGUCGUAUCUGCCGAAGGAUUUCCUGUGGGGAUUCGCAACAGCCAGUUACCAAAUCGAAGGCGCACCGCAUGAAGAUGGCCGCGCCGAUUCCAUUUGGGACACGUUCUGCCGCAUCCCGGGCAAGAUUGCUGGCGGAGAAUCCGGAGAUGUUGCAUGCGAUUCCUACCACCGCACUGACGAGGACAUUGCCCUCUUGAAAGAUAUCGGCGCAAAAUCAUACCGCUUUUCGCUCUCGUGGUCCCGCAUCAUACCGCUCGGCGGACGCAACGACCCCGUAAACGAAAAAGGUCUGCAGUACUACAUCAGCUUGGUCGACGAUCUCCGUGCCGCAGGCAUCGAGCCGAUGAUAACGCUGUUUCAUUGGGAUCUCCCAGACAACCUGCACAAGCGAUAUGGGGGCAUGCUGAACAAGGACGAGUUCGUGAAGGAUUACGAGAACUACGCCAGGGUGUGUUUCAAGGCUUUCGGUUCGAAGGUAAAAUAUUGGAUCACCUUCAACGAGCCUUGGUGCAGCUCUAUUCUCGGCUAUGGCACCGGCCUCUUUGCUCCCGGUCGUUGCAGUGACCGGACCAAGAGCGCUGAAGGUGACAGCUCGCGGGAGCCGUGGAUCGUCGGCCACUCGCUCCUCAUUGCCCAUGGUGCGGCGGUCAAGGCCUACCGUGAUGACUUCAAGGCCAAGGAUGGAGGCCAGAUUGGGAUUACGCUCAAUGGCGACUGGACAGAACCGUGGGAUCCAGAAGACCCGAAGGAUCGCGAGGCCUGCGACCGCAAGAUCGAAUUUGCCAUUUGCUGGUUCGGCGACCCAGUGUACUUUGGCAAGUACCCAGACUCGAUGCGCAAGCAACUGGGCGAUCGCCUUCCCGACUUCACACCGGAAGAAGCGGCUCUCGUCAAGGGAAGCAAUGACUUCUAUGGCAUGAACCACUACUGCGCCAAUUAUAUUAGACACAAGGACACUGAGCCUGAGCCUGAAGAUCAUGUUGGCAAUAUGGACAUUCUUUACCAGAACAAGAAGGGCGAAUGGAUUGGCCCAGAGACUCAAUCCGUCUGGCUGAGGCCAAUGCCUUUGGGUUUCAGAAAGCUAAUCAAGUGGCUCAGUGAUAGGUACGGCGGCCCGACCUUCUAUGUGACUGAGAACGGAACCAGUCUCAAGGGGGAGAACGAUCUCCCUCUUGAGAAGUUGCUCGACGACGAGUUCCGUUGCGAGUACUUCAGGGGAUACAUUGGAGCCUUGGCCGAUGCUCACACCUUGGACGGUGUCGAUGUCAGGGGCUACUCAGCUUGGAGUCUCAUGGACAACUUUGAGUGGGCCGAAGGCUACACGACACGUUUCGGCGUUACCUACGUCGACUACAAGGGUGGCCAGAAGCGAUACCCUAAGAAGAGCGCGCGAGAAAUCUCGAAAAUCUUUGACAAGUACAUCAAAAAGGAGUAA